AUGGCCGGCAGUGGACCCGCGGGCAUCAAUGGGUUGCCCAGGCCCUCGGAGGCAGAGUACGAGGAGAAUGGCAGGCUGUACAGCACUUUUCGUCGUGGCGUUUACCUGCUGCCGUGCGAUGAACUCGAGAAAGAUAGACUUGAUAUCCUUCACCGAGUGUUAGAAGAGGCGCGCCGCGGAAACCUCUUGAAUGCGCCAUUUCAAGAAAGACCUCCUGGCCACAAUGGAUGUCGCGUGCUCGAUUUGGGGUUCGGUACCGGUUUCUGGCUCGUCGACAUGGCGGCAAAAUACCGGAACACCGAGUUUGUGGGAAUUGAUCUUGCAAAUAUGGGCCCCGACAAAAUCCUGGAAAACGUUACUUUGCUCUAUCCUCGCGACUACGAAAGUCCCUGGGCUCUGGGCGAAGAAUCAUGGGACAUAAUCCACAUUCAAAUGGCGUGCGGUAGUGUCUCCAGCUGGCCAAACCUCUACUCAAAAGUCAUGAAGCAUUUACGACCUGGAACGGGUUGGUUUGAGCAGGUCGAGAUAGACCUGAGGCCGCGAUGCGACGAUGGCACCCUGAGUCCGAAUUCACGGUUGGUCGAAUGGUACAAUUAUAUCGCUGAGGCGACCUUUAAUAUCGGACGUCCCAUAGAGUACAAAGGGGAUGGUGAGACACACCGCCUGCUGACCGCAGCUGGCUUCAAAGAUAUCCGGCACGAAGCGAUACGCAUUCCAUUGAAUACUUGGCCAACAGAUCCACAUGAGAAGGAGAUCGGAGCAUGGUACUACUUGUCCAUGAUAGGCGAACUCAAUAAUGAUCGUGGUGGCCAUGGUAUUGAAGCCAUCAGUCUCGCGCCCCUACAUCGGACCUUCAAUUGGCCGGUCGAGCAUGUGUGGAGAUACAUAAAGGAAGUCGAGAGGGACUUCGCCGAGGUCAAAUUUCAUACAUACCACGUUCUUCACAUUUGGUCCGGUCGCGCUCCUGAGGAGCACGAGAAGACUAGAGAUUCGUUGAGGAGUGAGCGAUGA